GAAAUAAGUGAUGGAGAUGACAGAGACGAUCAUGAAACACGAGUGUGGGAUGCUUCCACUCUCUCUGUACCGAGGAUCAUGAAGGAUGAGUGUGGGAUGCUUCGACUCUCUCUGUACCGAGGAUCAUGAAGGAUGAGUGUGGAAUGCUUCGGCUCUCUCUGUACCGAGGAUCAUGAAGGAUGAGUGUGGAAUGCUUCGGCUCUCUCUGUACCGAGGAUCAUGAAGGAUGAGUGUGGGAUGCUUCUCCUCUCUCUGUGCCGAGGAUCAUGAAGGAUGAGUGUGGGAUGCUUCUCCUCUCUCUGUACCGAGGAUCAUGAAGGAUGAGUGUGGGAUGCUUCUCCUCUCUCUGUACCGAGGAUCAUGAAGGAUGAGUGUGGGAUUCUUCGACUCUCUCUCUCCGCACCACCGGGACUCGAGGCACCGAGACGGAGGCGCUAGUGGACAGCCUCCUCAUGAAUAAGUGAUGAGGAAGAUGACGACGGAGCCUGGGGGUGGUGGUGGUGGCUUGAAUGAGGGCUGGGAUGACACCACCACACCGUCAGUGGGAACCCCUCCAGAGUCGCGAGAAGUGAGCGCAGAGGGAAGGAGGCGGCACGGGGACCACGGGCCGAGUACACACGUGUGCCGGGGGGGGGUGGGGUGGGCUCCUGCCCGCUUCGCGGCUGCGCUCCGUCGCGGCCGCCCGGAGAGCCCAAUGAGCGAGCGAGCCAUGGACCUGCUGCGCCAGUCGUCUCUGCGGCUGUCGGUCGAGGUCCUGGACGCGCUGGAGCGCGGCCCCGGCGAGAAGCAGCUCGUGACGCAGGCCAAGGCCCUCUGCCGCGACUACAUCAACUGGCGGCUGCUGCGCGCGGGCCUGGGCUGGGGCAAGGCCGAGUCGUCGGCACACUCCUGCAGCAAGUUCACCGAGGUGUCCAACACCGUGCUACUGCUCGGUGACGAGCUGGAAUACAUGUACCCGAGCCUCUACCGCAACGUGGACAAGCACCUGGGCCUUUCGGUGGCGUCUGAGGCAGCCGUGACGGAGGCUCUGCAGGCCGUGGCUCACGUCUUGUUCGGCACAGGCAUCACGUGGGCAAAGGUGGUGUCGCUGCUCGCCGUGUCGGCGGGCCUGGCCGUGGACUGCGUGACGCAGGGCCAGCCGGCUACGGUCCACGCGCUCGUCGACUGUGUGGGCGACGUCUUCAGCGCGACGCUCGUGCCCUGGAUCCGCGCCCGCGGGGGAUGGGCGGAUAUGGUGAACACCAUGACCUGCCGGCGCAGCUCGCCUGCUUACUACUGGCUCCUGGCCACCGUUGGCGCUGCCGUGGGCAUCCUGGGUCCGCUGCUCGUGCCGCGUCGUACUGGCAAAUGACGACCGGCCCCACCACCGCCGCCCUGGCUUCACCCAGAGGAAGGACGGGGUUGUAUAGAGCUUCACUUAAUUUAAAAACAGACAAUGGUUGCAGGGUUUUUUUUUUGGUAUUUUUGUUUUCGGUGACCGAGCAUCGCCUACUCAAGGUCUCCGGAAGGAGAAGUUUAAAUUACGCAGACGCGAGACUGGCGACAUGCAAACAAGAGACAUCCCUAAUCGCCUUCCUCCCGCUGUGCCUACGCGCCAAGAUUAACCCACGAUGGACGCAGGGCUACAUGCCCGGGGAGACCCGGUGCCUCGUGAGCGAUUGCUGAACCAUCAAAUGAGAGUGAACAAGGUGUGCGUGGAUUCCAUGGGGUGAUGGUGGGGGGGGGUGUUCAGAGUGGAAGGUUCAUUGUCAAGGGCCUGGCGUAGUCCACCACCAGAGAGGCCAUGACGUAGAGGAUUCACCGUGAAGAGCCAGGUUUGGAGGGCCCAGAGGGCAGGGAUAAGCAUAGAAGGUUAUGCCAAGGAGGAUGCUUCCUAUGGGGGUCCAAGUGUUGAAGCACUAGGUUUGGGGAGCAGGGCAUGAACGUUCUAGCUUGCAGGGCAUUAUGUGGAGGAAUCCUUGUGAAGGCAUGGAGAUGCCACCUUGAGAAGCAUUGCGUGAAGGUCCCAACGUAGAUGAUGGAUCUACUGUGGAGUGCUUAACGUGGAGGCCAAAGCUGCUGACUCGGUCAUCCUAAUGGGUGCCCUUUACAAAACAUUUGGCAAUGGCAGGAAUGGAAAAUAUAAUUUUAAAUACUUGUAAAACGUGAUGAUAAAACAGUGUUUAACAUACUGUAUAUGUAUGUACACACAUAUACACAGGAAUUGAUUAUAACGCCUCUAAUGGGACUGCAGUGGGGAUGCAAAAUCAUGAAAUACAACACGCACUUGUCAAAAAAUAUAAUUUUUAUGCACAUGAUUUGAUGUGUAUAUCAUGGGCUUAAGAAUUGAUAUCAAUUCACAUUUGCGUAGUACUUCCUAUGGGAGCUGCCACAAUGGUGUUAUGGUUGGCACACAAGAUUUGUAAUACAGAGGUUGGUGGUAUGAUUCAAGUUUCUGGCGCAGUAGUGGAAAAAAUUGGGCAAGUUUCUUAAAUCCUCCCCCACUCCACCACCGCCUGUCUACCCAGCAGUAUGAUUGGUUACAGUCCAGUUAGUCUAUGAUCGGCAGGUCACGAGUGGCGAGGUAAAGCGUGGGUACAUCCAACUCUUACAACCCAUCUGGUCAGUGUGGUAUAGUACACCAAAUAUAUUCUCGGGCUUCUACUCUUUCUUUCUGCCGUAUGACGGGACCAAGCUGACCGUGGGAUGUCCAAUUUGGCGAUCCACUUCGGUGGCUUCCUGAGAUGCCACGUGGAGAAAUGAAGUGGCUCCAGCAACAGGUCCUCGGUGGGCAGUUGAUACGCUAUGAUCUCACGGUCUGGAGUCGCAUCCCUCGCCUUCCACUCGUGAAGCUGGUGGCCACUGCCUCAUUGCCCCUCCGCGUCCCAUUGUGCGGAUUCGAUUGAGUGCCAUCCACUGUCUGAGGAGGUCGAAGCCAGGAACCUCCGCUGUUGGGGAUGGCUCGCUGCCAGUUGCGUGGAUACCCUCUGCUGUUUCCCAGAACGGAUGGUGUGAUCAUAGGCACGUUCACUGUGGGGUUGUUCCGGACUUUGUUGAUCGGAGGUCGGAGUUUGUUUUUUUAUUUUUUUCCCACGGAUGGUGGGACGGUGUGGGACAGCACCGGGAGCCACUCAGUUGGAGUGGGCUUAAGCGUCCCUGACAACGUUCUUAUAAUAGUGGAGGCAGUCGUAUGAGCAAAAAAUUGCAGGGCUGAACCUUUACCUUUUACCACCCAUAGCACAUAUAAAGGUGUAAGCUUGAUUUCUACCUAUGCAGACACAUACUGUUUAUUUAAUGCAGAUGCAUGUCCUUUCAAACAAGGUCAUGAAAACAUGUCGAGAUGCAUUCACCUACAAGUUUACAGGUGCACAUGAUUUUACACCUGGAUGUAGUUUUAAGUGUAUGUAGGUUUUACAUACAUGUGUUAAUUGCAUGGUGUUACAGGUGCACAAGUGUAGAUAAAAAAAACCAGGAAGUGUACGCGUUACAGGUGUGUGGGUGUACAAAGUUAUGGUAGCUAUGUGUACAUGUGUGACAGUUGUGCAAAAGUAUGUGUACAGGGCAAUUGUAUAAAGGUGUAUAGGUAUAUGUGUACACAUGUACAGGUGAGGAUGGGAGGUGGUCAUAAGAUGACAGAAAAGCAAUGCAUUUUUUAUAUAUCCCAUGUUGGUCUUCACGGGAUACUCCAGUUUCCUUCCACAUGCCCAACACUCAUUAAAUGGUAAUCAAGAAUCAUAUUGUCGGCAUGAAGACAACUUAAAUUAAGACCGUGUACAUUUUCCUAAAACCCCUAAUUCAUUCAACUCCGACAUUUGUGUAUCCUAAACUUAUCCCUCCAAACAUUCCAAUGCAGGGCCCUCUCCUUUAAAACAUUCUCAAAGACUCAUCGAGACUUACACACGUGGAACGGGGGGGUGGGGGGCAUUCUCAUUGAGGUAUACGUGCAUGAACAGGGGGACAUUAUUAUUAUUGUUGUGUGUGCAAGAGCACACAGGUGGAGAUGUAAAGCUGUACUGUACGUGUGUCAAGGCAUUUGUGUUCCAACAGCUCGUGAAGCACGUGUGCAGGUAUCGGCCACGAUGCUCUGAGGGGUCAUGUCCCCCCGGGCUACUGGACGAUGGUAUGCAGCAGGUGCCGAUGCUGACAAAGGAUGUGAAUGUGUGCAAGCCAAAACAAAUAAAAGUCAUGGGCCUUGAGAGAAACCAUAA